AGUCAACUGUCACCGCAUCAGACCGGCGUCCUGCUCCACACUCCUCUCCCGCGCGCACCGCAGAUCAUUAAUUCUUCUCAUAAUUAAAAGGUAGACAUGUGGGGAAAGCUGUAGAAGCAUUUGAUUGAUUUUAUAAUGGCUUUUAUAUCCGUGGAUCUGAAAAAAAAAAGUUUUUAUUGGCGCUGCGUUAAAUAGGAGCGCAAAAAGCUGGGAGUCAUUCUCGGUGGAAGGACUUCUCUGAGAAAGACGUUUGUGAUUCUCCUCAGCAUCUUAUUGUGUCACUCGGGCUGCAGCCUCAAGUCAGUUGAAGUGAGAGAUCUCCCUGUGAGAGGAAGAUAUGAGGUUAAUGGGCUCCAUUUGGAUCCUUUGGUUUCUCCUGGUGUGCAGGACAGCGGAAGGCACUGACUCAAUCUCAGACUCGCUCAGUCCUCAGCAGAGCAUUGUAGAGGGACAAAGUGUGCAGGCGCUGAGCCAGGGUCAAUACAAAUGUCUCGAGCUGUCCCGCAAAGGCCGCCAAGAAAGCAGAACUGGGGUGCGCUGUGAUUACAUGUGGGAUGGUUUGUUGUGCUGGGAUGAGACACCAGCCGGGACAUCAGUAACACAAAAUUGUCCGCAUCAUCCUCAACUCUACCCGACUGAAAAAAUGACCAAAUAUUGUGAUGAAUCAGGUAACUGGAUCCAGACUGGCUCUACCUGUCAACAAACUUUAAAGGACAAAUUAGAGAAGGAAAUCCCUGAUUUUCAAAGGGAUGCAGCAGCAGAGCCAACCACGGAGGCUCCAAGGGUUAGCACAGAGAAAAUUAUCCUUGACAAUGAAAAGAAAUGCCAAGAGAAAAUGAAGAAUGAUCCACCUUAUAGAAAACCAGGGCGGUAUUGUAGUCGUACCUGGGAUGGGUGGUUGUGUUGGGAUGACACUCCAGCGGACACGUACGCCUCCCGAAACUGCCCUGAUUAUUUCGGUGACUUCGAUCCCACAGAAAAGGCAACUAAGUACUGUGGAGCAGAUGGGAAGUGGUUUCAACAUCCAGACAGCAACAGGACUUGGACCAACUAUACGCUCUGUGCAACCACCCAUGAGAAAAGGCAGAGGAAACUGAAGUUGCUUGAGAGUGAAUAUAGAUGUCUCCUCAAAAUAAAACAAGAGCCACCGUCUACAAAAACAGGACUGUACUGCAACCGUGACUGGGAUGGCUGGUUGUGCUGGGACGACACUCCGGCAGGAACCACGGUCUCUCAGAGCUGCCCUGAUUAUUUUUCUGACCUUGACCCUUUAGAAAGGGCAUCCAGGUACUGCAGAGAGGAUGGGCAGUGGUUUCGCCACCCAGAGAGCAACAAGACAUGGACCAACUAUACACUCUGUGCCAUCAACACUAAAGACCAGUUAAAGGCAGCCGCCCAGUUUUCCAGGGACACUGAGGUCAACGGUGCCGACGAGGCCACGGUCAGUCCCACGGCUAAUCGGGAGCAGCAGGAAAUAGUGAGGAAAAAAAUCCUCGACAACCAGUACAAAUGCUUCGAGAAAAUGAAUCGAGAUCCGCCUUAUAACAAAUCAGGUUUGUACUGCAGUCGCAACUGGGAUGGCUGGCUGUGCUGGGACGACACUCCAGCGGGAACUUACACUUUCCAAAACUGCCCUAAUUAUUUUCAUGACUUCGACCCUACGGAAAAAGCAACAAAGUAUUGUGGAGAGGACGGGCAGUGGUUUCGUCACCCGGACACCAACAGAACUUGGUCUAACUACACACUCUGCAAUGAAAACACCAAUGCCAAGCUGAAGUCCGCCUACAUCCUGUUUUACAUGGCCAUCGUGGGCCAUGCUUUAUCCAUAGCCUCCCUGCUUAUUUCUCUGGCCAUCUUCUUCUACUUCAGGAGUCUGAGCUGCCAAAGGAUCACCCUCCACAAGAACCUCUUCUGCUCCUUCGUGCUCAAUUCUGCCCUUACCCUCAUCCACCUCAUUGCCGUUGUCAACAAUCCUGAAGUGGUGGCCAGAAAUCCGGUUGGCUGUAAGGUGUUGCAGUUCUUUCACAUGUACAUGUUGGGCUGUAAUUACUUCUGGAUGCUCUGUGAAGGCAUCUACCUGCACACGCUCAUCGUGGUGGCGGUGUUUGCAGAGGAGCAGCACCUGCACUGGUACUACCUCCUGGGCUGGGGUUUUCCUCUAGUGCCUGUAUCCAUCCACGCCGUGGCGAGGAAAAAGUAUUUUGACGACAACUGUUGGAUGAGUGUGGAGACCCAUCUGCUCUACGCCAUCCACGGCCCUAUAGUGGCAGCACUUCUUGUCAAUCUCUUUUUCCUGCUAAAUAUUAUCAGAGUUUUGGUUACCAAGUUGCGAGAUACGCACCGGGCAGAGUCCAACAUGUACAUGAAGGCAGUGAGAGCCACCCUGAUCCUGGUUCCCCUGCUGGGAAUUCAGUUUGUCAUCAUUCCCUGGAGGCCGGAGAACCGGCUGGCUGGUGAAGUCUACGAGUACAUAAUGCACAUACUCAUGCAUUACCAGGGUUUGCUGGUGUCAACCAUAUUCUGCUUCUUCAAUGGGGAGGUGCAGGCAGCUGUGAAGAGACAGUGGAUGCAGUAUAAAACCCAGUGGGGUCAGAGACGAAAGGACCACUGCUCGAUGCGCUCCACGUCCUACACAGCUACCUCCAUCACCGAGGUACCCGCCUUCAUGUACCAUCACGACUGUAACACCGAACACUUGAACGGGCGCCACACGGAGGACUCUGAGCUGGUGGCGCUAAAGUCGGGAGACACGUACGCUUGAGUAACGCCGAGGAUAAAAUGCGUAGCGGUGGAAAAAGCCGAGGACGAGCAACAAAGUAAACGUACAGCAAAAAGAAGAAAAUGAAUUCAGUUCACCUGCCAUAUCUCAGCGAUUAAAUCUCCGGGGCUUGCUCAGCUCAGGAGGAUGAUAGAGGCCUGAAAACAAAAAGCUCAUUGACGUGGAUUAGCUACAAGGCUGACACUUUACUUUACAUUGCUGUUGCAGCUGCUUUUUCAGAACUUUGAUGUUGAGAACUUGUGACGUAAGGAGAGCUGCUUUUGACAUGUGUCAACUUCCUAAAGCUGCUAAACUGCGUGUGCCCGCUCGCAGUGAUGGAGGCUUGCACUAGUGUGGAAAUAACUGUGACUGUGUGAGGGUAGCAAAGUUUUCUUUCUUUUCCUGACGGUGCUGAAGGUGACAGCGAUGAUGUAGAGGUGAAUAAUGACUGCGAUGGUGUUGAUGAUGACUAUCAAAGCGAAGUAGACGAACCAAUCAUUCCUAACCUCACCUAUACCAAAGGGUACUGUUUGGUGGUCACGACCGCGGGGGGGGGGGCGUACUAUGUCCAGCUAAGCACAGGUGCCAUAAAGCAAAAGACACGGACGCAAACACACACGCAAACGUCAGCAAAUCUCAUCGACCUGAUCAAAUGUGCCAUGAAAGAGGUCAACUUUCAGAAGACCCUCUCCGCUCCAACCUCUGGAAUUGUGUAAAUAAUGUAUGUUCACCAUGUUUAAUUAAAAAAAAAAAAAGUG